AUGUACACCCACGGCUUCUGGGACAAGGAGCUGGCGCCGAUGCGCAAGGAAUAUCUCAUCGGCAUUCUCCGUGUGACUGCCCUCAUUACCAUCCUCAUCUGGGGCAUCGUGACCAUCUACUGGGGCUCCCUCUCUGGCGAGUACGAGCACACGCCCAACAUCUCGGCCUACGUCGUCAACCGCGAUCCGACGGGUGCCAUCGGCCAGAACGUGACGGGUGCGCUGCUGUCGACCAACAAGGGCCCGAUCCCGCACCUGACGUGGACUGAGAUCGACGCUGCACGCUACCCGACGCGGGCGAGCAUCGAGCAGGCCGUCGCCGUCGACUUUGAUACGUGGAUCAUCGUCGAGGUCCUGGCCAAUGCCACCGCCGCCCUCGAGUCGGCCCGCAACGCCGGACAGGCCAGCUGGGACCCCACGCAGGUCGUCACCGUCGCCUACGCCGAGGCGCGCAACCAGAUUGCCAUCGAUGGCCCCAUUCUCGGCUCUGUCCGCGGCGUCCUCACGCCCGUCCUCGCCCGCAUUUCGGCCGCUUCCGCCGCGUCCUGGCUCGCGGCCAACUCGGGCAACGCCGCCGCAAUCACGCGCGCAGCCACGCAGGCGCCCCAGACAAUCGCGCCGGCCGUGGGCAUGACGAUGCUCAACACGCGGCCCUUUGACCAGCCGCUGGCACUGGCGCCCACAUUCGUCGGCCUCAUCUACCUCAUGAUUCUCGCCUUCAACAUCACCAUGGGCAACUUUGGCAUGCGCCAGGGCCUGGCGCGGAAGCUCAAGCUGUCGUCGUACAUUGUCAUGCGCCUUAUUGUGCCCCUGGUCGCCUACGUCUGGCUCUCGCUCAUGUUCUCGAUGAUCAACCUGCCCUUCAAGCUCGACUUUGCCAAGAUGGGCGAAGGCAAUGCGGCCGGCUUCUUUGCCUUUUACGGCUUCUCCCUCGUCGGCAUGGCCGUCCUGGGCCUCACCACCGAGGCCUUCCUCGCCCUCGUCGGGCCGCCCUUCAUUGGCUUUGCGCUUCUGUUCUUCAUCAUCAUCAACGUCUCGGUGGCCAACCUGCCGAUUGAGCUGCAGAACCGCUUCUACCAGCUCGGCUACGCGCUGCCGUUCUACAACCUCCGCCAGGCCUACCUCACCAUCGUCUUCAACGUCGGCCAGCACUCGACGCUGCUCAAGUACUGGGGCAUCCUCAUGGCCUGGCUCGUCGUCCUGCUCCUCACGAUUCCCAUCUGGGUCUGGCUCGAGCGCCGGCGCGAGCAGGCGGCCGCAAAGAACGGCCCUCCGCAGCAGCACUAG